UGGAUGGAGCAUGUACCUCUCUGUCUCAGACUCUGUACUAAAUUGCUUUUAUAAGCUUCACUUGCAACUCAACAGCUGACCUCUCUCUUCUCCAUUUGAUGUGAGAAGGAUCUUUCUUUCUUUAUUCUGCACAUCUUAACCUUAACCACAUCAUAAGAUAGAGAUCUCUUAAACGAUCGAGUUAUGGAGACUGUCUUUUCAGCAGCAAGUAGAUCCAUUUCCAAGCUCAUUAGCUUCACCGCUUUGCUUCUUUUCUUGUUUUCCUGCUCUACUUUCACUUCUACUGAAGCUUAUGAUGCGCUUGAUCCAACUGGCAAUAUCACUAUCAAAUGGGACGUAAUAAGUUGGACCCCAGAUGGCUAUGUUGCUGUUGUUACAAUGUACAAUUUCCAACAGUAUCGCCAUAUUCAGGCACCUGGUUGGACAUUGGGGUGGACAUGGGCCAAAAAGGAAGUAAUCUGGAGCAUGAUGGGAAGCCAAACCACGGAACAAGGGGAUUGUUCAAAAUACAAAGGAAACGUCCCUCAUUGCUGUAAAAAGGAUCCCACAGUUGUGGAUUUAUUGCCUGGAACUCCUUAUAACCAGCAGAUUGCAAAUUGCUGCAAAGGCGGGGUAUUAAAUUCAUGGGUUCAAGACCCGGCCAAUGCAGCAAGCUCAUUUCAGGUUAGUGUGGGCGCUGCAGGAACAACGAACAAAACUGUGAGAGUGCCUAGAAACUUUACCCUGAAAGCACCAGGUCCAGGAUAUACUUGUGGGCCUGCCAAGAUUGUGAAACCCACUAAAUUCAUAACGGCUGAUAAAAGGAGAAUAACUCAAGCUAUGAUGACAUGGAAUGUUACAUGCACAUAUUCCCAAUUUCUGGCUCAAAAGACUCCUACAUGUUGCGUCUCGCUCUCUUCCUUCUAUAAUAACACUAUCGUGAAUUGCCCGACAUGUGCUUGUGGCUGUCAGAAUAACUCAACUGAAUCUGGGAGUUGUGUAAGCGAAAGGUCUUCACAUUUAGCUUCAGCUGUUCCGGGCAAAUCUACCAAUGCACCACCUCUGCUUCAGUGUACGAGCCAUAUGUGUCCAGUUCGAAUUCACUGGCAUGUUAAGCUCAACUACAAGGAAUACUGGCGUGUGAAGAUCACAAUCACCAAUUUCAAUUACGCAUUGAACUACAGUCAGUGGAAUCUAGUUGUGCAACACCCCAACUUUGACAAUCUUACACAACUUUUCAGCUUCAAUUACAAACCAUUAACUCCUUAUGCUGGCUUAAAUGAUACUGCCAUGUUAUGGGGACUUAAGUUUUAUAAUGAUUUCCUCAACGAAGCCGGUCCUCUUGGGAAUGUGCAGUCAGAACUAUUAUUCAGAAAAGAUGCAUCAACUUUUACUUUUGAAAAGGGAUGGGCUUUUCCACGGAGAAUAUAUUUCAAUGGUGAUAACUGUGUCAUGCCACCUCCCGAUGCCUACCCUUGGUUGCCGAAUACUGGUUUGAAGCCAGUUAUCUCUCUGUUUCAGCCAGUCAUGACGAUCUUGGCAUCAUGUGUUUUCUUAUGGGCUAAUAUGUGAUGAAUGCUGUCUGCGGAAACCGCUAAAACUAUUUGUUCGACAUCCUGCAAUUUGCAUCUGAUUUCAUAUUAUCACACUGAAGCUUUUGGUGAUCGAUUCAAUGGUGUUGGAAUAGUUUGGUGCGGCAAUGUAACACGCUAAAGAGUGGAUCAAGGUGCACAAUCUCUGGUCCCUAUAGCAUGUGGUGUAUUAUUUAUAUGUUGGGGUUUGUAAUUUACACCAUUUCUUUUUGGAGUUAACUGCUUUGUUGUAUGUUUCAUUCACAUCAUACACAUGAUCGAUUUAUUUGUAGAAUAUCCUUGAACAAGUUUAUAGCAUUGUAUUCAGGAACAUCUCUGAGAAAUUAUAGUGAUAUAUUGUUUGUUUUGUUCCAA